AUGGCGAUUCCCGGCGAAUGGACGGUGACCAAAACGACUGUUAUUGAAGAAAAAGACGAGGCGGAUGCUGAGACAAAGACUGAGGCCAAGGCAACUGGUGUCAGGAAACGCGAGGAGACGGAAGAGCAGAAGGAAGAGGAGGAGGCUAUGCGAGGACUUUUAAAGAAGCCAAGGAGAUGGGGCCGCGACUCCAAGACCAUGCCGGACGACGAAGACGAAGACCUAGAUGCGCUGCUGAGUACAACAAUGCCACUUAAGACAGAAACAGCCGAGAAUAAGAGCGCAGUGAAGAAGGAAGAAGUUGCCGAAGAUGACCAAUCAUCCGAGGCAAGAAUACCCAAAGAGGAAAACGUUUCGAUCAAAGCAGAUCCCGAUACUUCAGAGCCAUCCAUCAAAAGGGAACCUGUGAUCAAGCCCGAGGAGUCAGAGGAGCCAAGUGGCAUAACGCCGGUGGUCUUCAAGAAGCGCAAACCAAAGGGAAUCCGGAGCAAGUGA